UUUGAGCGAGUCAGCAUGCUGGUGAUUCUGCUCAACUGUGUCACCCUCGGCAUGUUCCAGCCCUGCCAGGACCUGGAGUGCCACUCUGACAGGUGCAGCAUACUGCAGGCAUUUGAUGACUUCAUUUUUGCAUUCUUUGCUGUGGAGAUGGUGGUUAAAAUGGUAGCCUUAGGGGUGUUUGGACCAAAAUGCUACCUUGGUGACACCUGGAACCGCCUUGACCUCUUCAUUGUCAUGGCUGGGAUGUUGGAGUAUUCUUUAGAUGGCCAUAACGUUAGUUUCUCAGCCAUCAGAAUUGUACGGGUUCUCCGACCUUUACGAGCCAUCAACAGAGUUCCCAGUAUGCGUAUCCUGGUGACUUUGCUGUUGGAUACUUUACCGAUGCUGGGAAACGUUUUGCUGCUUUGUUUCUUUGUGUUCUUCAUCUUUGGGAUUGUUGGCGUCCAGCUGUGGGCAGGGCUUCUUCGGAAUCGAUGCUUUUUGGACAACAAUGUCAGAAUGCUGUAUAAUGUCACAGAGUCUCUGAGUGAAUACUACAAAUCAGAAGAAUCUGACGACAUCCCCUUCAUAUGCUCCACCGCUCGGGAGAAUGGAAUGCUGCACUGCUCCAAUAUCCCGAAGCGCAGAGUGGGAGGGGUUUAUUGUGAACUUACAGUUGAUAAUAACACUGAUCAUGUUUUCAAAGCACCACCUCAUCAUGGAUGUGUGAACUGGAACAUGUAUUAUAAUAACUGCAAAGCAAGUGAACACAAUCCACAUAAUGGGGCUAUCAACUUUGACAACAUUGGAUAUGCAUGGAUUGCUAUAUUUCAGGUUAUCACCUUGGAGGGAUGGGUGGAUAUUAUGUACUAUGUCAUGGAUGCACAUUCCUUUUACAACUUCAUCUAUUUCAUCUUUCUUAUCAUUGUAGGCUCCUUUUUCAUGAUCAACCUGUGCCUGGUUGUCAUAGCAACACAGUUCUCCGAGACCAAACAACGUGAGAACCAGUUGAUGCAGGAGCAGCGGGCACGUUUCCGCAGUAACGAGUCCAUCAUGGCCGAACCAGGAUCCUGCUAUGAAGAAAUGCUGAAAUACCUUGUCCAUGUUUGCCGUAAACUUUGUCGUCAUGCUGUUCGCCUCUACGGUGAAUUGUGCCCCCAAGGACAAAGGGGUGUGGCCAAUCCCAACAAUCCCUCCCUGGCUAGAGGCGGGACGGAUGAAUAUUGGAAUGACAAUGGGACAAAGUCCCAAUACUUUAUGCCAAAUUAUCAUCAUACCCAUCAUCAUCAUCAUCACCAUCACAUCAGUAAUGGCUUUGAAGCGAAAACACUUAAUCUCGAUAGAGACACUCAGAAUUCCAAAAAGAGCCCAUCACUCCCACUUGCACUACAAAAUUUAAAGGGUUUGAGGCUCAGUAUGAACUAUCCCACCAUUUUGCCCUCCAAACUGUACACAAACUCGCACACUCACCUACAUACUACAGGAGGGGCCAAGACACCAGCCUUUCAUCAUGGGCUCUAUGGCAAGAAGAUCUCAGUUUGCAGUGGAUUCCAUGAUACUUACAAGUUGCAACAUGGUAUGUAUCCAGGCACAUGCUCGAGUGUGUGUGUGGACUGCAGGGUGGGGCUUGUAUCCUCUGAAUUGUCUUCCUGCCCAGUUUGCGCCCAGGAAGUUGACGGUGUUAAUUGUGACUCUAACAGUGAAACAGACCCUGAGAAACAGGGGCCAGACUGCAGUCCAGAACAGAGCAAAAGGAAUCGGGACACAAAAAAAAAGGAGUCUGGGAAUGAAAAUUGUGUGUGUAUGUGUCUUCAUUGUGUCAGAAAUGUGGUGAGACAAAUUGUGGACAGCAAAUACUUCAACAGAGGAAUAAUGAUCGCAAUCCUUAUCAAUACACUGAGCAUGGGAGUGGAGUACCAUGAACAGCCAGAUGAGUUGACAGAUGUGCUGGAGAUCAGUAAUAUUGUCUUCACGAGUUUGUUUGCACUAGAGAUGCUCCUCAAGCUUUCGGCCUGUGGUCUGUUCAACUACAUCAGCAACCCUUACAACAUCUUUGAUGGGAUCAUUGUCAUCAUCAGUGUAUGGGAAAUUGUUGGACAAGCAGACGGAGGGUUUUCGGUUUUACGGACGUUCCGUCUGUUGAGGGUUCUGAAGCUGGUACGGUUCCUCCCUGCUCUGCGCAGACAGCUGGUGGUACUGAUGAAGACCAUGGACAAUGUGGCCACCUUCUGUAUGCUGCUGAUGCUCUUCAUCUUCAUCUUUAGUAUACUGGGGAUGCAUCUGUUUGGGUGUAAGUUCACCCUGCGUUUGGAGAAUGGAGACACAGUCUCCGAUAGAAAGAACUUUGACUCGCUCCUCUGGGCCAUCGUCACUGUGUUUCAGAUCUUGACUCAGGAAGACUGGAAUGUGGUUCUGUAUAAUGGCAUGGCUUCCACCUCUCCAUGGGCGUCUUUGUACUUUGUGGCCCUGAUGACCUUUGGGAAUUAUGUUCUCUUCAACUUAUUGGUUGCCAUCUUAGUAGAGGGCUUCCAGGCUGAGGGUGAUGCUAGCAGAUCAGACAGCGAUGAUGACAUGUCGUCUGACUAUGGUGAUGAGGACAAACUGAGAGAACUACUGAACUCAGGAUCAGAAAUGAAAAUGCAGACGUUAUUUCCCAUUUCCAAUGGACACCUGGAACCCCGGGCAUCCAUGCCACCUCACAUUUCACACAUACAACCUAAUGUCACGCCCAGAACUGAAGUGUCACACAUCUACAGCCAAUCACGUCGCAACAGCAACACCUCCACCGAGCCCCAUGAUCAGAGAUCCCUGUCCAGCCUUUGGGGAAGCCGGCGCUCCAGUUGGAACAGUCUUAGCCACGCCCCCAGUCUCAUCAGACGUGCUCAGUCGGGAGAGCGCGAGUCACUGCUGUCAGGGGUGAGACAGAACAGCAUGGAUGACAACCAAUCAGACGAUGGGAAAUCCAGCAGGACUGGCAGUCUGGGCGGAGUCUCAUGUCUCGGGUCGUUUGAUUUACCAGAGUUCCUGCAGGUUCCACACCCAUAUUUGGAGUGUAAUGGCAGAUUAGAUGGAGGUUAUCCAUCAUCUCCGAACAUUACACGCCCUGAACCAUCCAACCAAGGGGUAGAGGAUGAUGACUUUGAAGAGAGUUGGUGUGUCAUUCUGAAGAGAGUGUUGGAGCCGUAUAAACCUCAGUGGUGUAGAGAUCAUGAGGACUGGUCACUCUACCUUUUUUCCCCUCAUAAUAAGUUCCGUGUGCGCUGUCAGAGGGUCAUCACUUAUAAGAUGUUUGAUCAUAUUGUCCUGUUCUUCAUCUUUCUCAACUGCAUCACAAUCGCUCUAGAGAGACCUGACAUCCAGCCUGACAGCACGGAACGGAUUUUUCUUAAAGUGUCCAACUACAUCUUCACUGUGAUCUUUGUGGCUGAGAUGACUGUGAAGGUGGUUUCUCUUGGGCUGUACGCUGGUCCAGGCUCAUACCUGAAGAGCAGCUGGAAUGUUCUAGAUGGUCUGCUGGUGUUUGUGUCUAUUGUGGACAUCCUGGUCUCGUUGGCCUCCUCCGGUGGGAACAGAAUCCUGGGAAUCUUACGAGUGCUUCGUCUUCUCAGAACAUUAAGACCCCUGAGGGUCAUAAGCAGGGCCCCCGGACUAAAGCUGGUUGUUGAAACAUUGAUCACAUCUCUCCGACCUAUUGGAAAUAUUGUGUUGAUUUGUUGUGCUUUCUUCAUUGUCUUUGGCAUUCUGGGAGUUCAGCUCUUCAAGGGGAAGUUCUAUCACUGUGAAGGAUUUGACACUAGAAAUAUCACCAAUAAAUCGGAGUGCCUGCAGGCGAACUACAGAUGGGCUCGCAGGAAGUACAACUUUGAUAACCUGGGUCAGGCUCUGAUGUCAUUAUUUGUCCUGUCUUCUAAAGACGGCUGGGUAAACAUCAUGUAUGAUGGCUUAGAUGCAGUGGGCGUUGACCAACAGCCCAUUAGGAAUCAUAAUCCCUGGAUGCUUCUGUACUUCAUCUCCUUCCUGCUAAUCGUCAGCUUCUUUGUGCUGAACAUGUUUGUCGGUGUGGUGGUGGAGAACUUCCACAAGUGUAGACAAGACCAGGAAGAAGAGGAGGCCCGACAGAGAGAGGAGAAGAGACAGAGACGCAUGGAGAAGAAACGCAGGAAGGCCCUGCAGAGACCGUACUACGCUGACUACUCUCCUGCACGACUCUAUAUUCACACCCUCUGUACUAGUCAUUAUCUGGACCUCUUCAUCACCAUUAUCAUCGCUAUUAAUGUACUCACAAUGUCUAUGGAGCACUACAGACAGCCCAAGAACCUGGAUGAGGUGCUGAAGUACUGUAACUAUUUCUUUACGCUGGUCUUUGUGAUUGAAGCUGUGCUUAAACUGGUUGCCUUUGGCUUUAGGGGAUUUUUUAAAGAGAGGUGGAAUCAGUUAGACCUGGCCAUAGUUCUUCUCUCUAUCAUGGGCAUCACACUGGAGGAGAUCGACCUGAACGCCUCUCUUCCCAUCAACCCAACCAUCAUUCGAAUCAUGAGGGUGCUGCGCAUUGCCAGAGUAUUGAAGCUGUUGAAGAUGGCCAAAGGAAUGAGAUCUCUUCUGGAUACUGUAGUUCAAGCCUUACCACAGGUUGGAAAUCUGGGUCUGCUGUUCAUGCUGCUGUUCUUCAUUUAUGCCGCACUGGGAGUCGAACUUUUUGGAAAACUUGAAUGCACUGAGGAGAACCCGUGUGAGGGUUUAAGCAGACACGCUACGUUUCAGAACUUCGGCAUGGCAUUCCUCACCCUGUUCCGCAUUUCCACCGGCGACAACUGGAAUGGGAUCAUGAAGGACACCCUUCGGGAAUGUAAAAAUGGUGACAAAUGUCUGAGUUACCUGCCGCUUUUGUCGCCUCUGUAUUUUGUGACGUUUGUGCUGGUGGCACAAUUUGUGUUGGUGAACGUUGUGGUCGCAGUGCUUAUGAAACAUUUAGAGGACAGCAACAAAGAUGCCCGUGAGGAGGCAGAGAUGGAGGCGGAGCUACAGGAGGAGCUACAGAGCAGUCAUAGACAAAGCACCGCCUCUGUGGGAGGAGCCACUGGGCUUGAGGGGACAGCCGUGAAAAUGGAGACUCUCUCACAUGAUCAGGGCAAAGACCCCAAUUUUGGCAACUUCCUGACUGUUGGAAGGCCAUCCAUGUCAAGGAUGCUCUCCUUGCCUAAUGAUAGCUACAUGCUCUAUCCAGUUAAACCCGUAUAUGGAUCCAUUCACCAGAGAUUCACCAAACAGGAGUCUACACUGCCAGGCUCCUCUCUCUCCCUUGGCACCCAGCUCUGUGAAGAUAAUUCCCUAAUGCAGAUUCCCAGAACUUCUUCACAGACAAACUUGGCCCCUAUUCCUGCACCCCAUCCUCCAACUCAAAGAUCUAGCAAUGUCUUCAGAACCCUGCGUAGACAGGAAGCAAUAAAAGGUGACUCCAUUGAUUGCUCCCACUCGGGCUCCAAAGACAGCUUACAUAUUCCGAGUAAGCCGUGCUCCCGUGAUAGCCUUCAUCUUCAAGUACCCAGCAUUCCCCUGACGGGCAGAUCUGCACCCUGUUCGCCUCAAACCUCCCCUCCACCCCUUCGCAAUCGAACAGCAAGUGUACGAACAAAUAGAAACGUAUACAACCAACGCAGCAUCCCGUGUCCACAGAUUGCACACAGAACACCAUCUAUAAAAACACAUAAACUAAUGCAUGCAAAUGUACAAACAAACCUACGGAAUUCAGAAUGCCCUGACAAUGAGAUCCAACACAUGACGAACUCUCAACAUGUGGGGGAAGAAAAUACACAGAACUCCAGACAGUUGCGUGGUUGGACAUCCCGUCAACAAGUUAGCAGCUGUCAUAGACUACGGAAGUACAACAGCAUGGAAAAUAAUGGCUUCCUGACGGAACUCAGCAUCCCUCGACGUCACUCAACGCACGGGGAGGAGCUAAUGCUUCAACAGAAGACAAUGAAAGCAUCCACACCAUUUCCUGGACCUUCUCUGAUCCCCAAAGAGGAGAAAGUGAGCCCACCAUGCAUCUCCAUUGACCCUCCCUCUGAUGUUGAGUUUACGUCUUCAACAGUCCACAAGGAACGCAGUACAGUCGUACGAAGACGGACACCAUCAUUUGACUCCGCACUUCAAUGCGAGUCGUUAGAUCUUCCUGACGCGCCGUCACUCUCAGAAGCCCUCCCACAGGAUGAACCUCUUUUGUCAAGUCGUUUGCCCCUUCCACAAUUCUCUUUUGAUCAAUCGGAUGUAAGUUCCCUGAGCAGUCUCUCGGAACUGCUUUCGGAUAGUGACCAAUCGACGCACUCCUUUCCACGAUCAGGGUUGGUAGGAGCCAUGGGAGAUGUUGCCCAGAGUCCACUCAGGAAGAAGGUUUUGGUCCGAAUGGCCAGCACUAGGGAUCCAGGAAAUGAUGAUUCGGUAGCCUAAAUUACAGACACAUCCUCAUCUUCGUAAAGCAUUUUAAUAAUGGGAAGAGGUCAUUUUAGCAAAAGUAUGCAAUGUGUUUUUGAUGGAACUGAUUUGUUUUUUGCCUGAUCAUAUUGAUUAGGGUUUUAGAACUUUUAUUAGUAAUCAUUACACACAUUGAUAUUGUGAAGUUUUAUGUCAUAUCAAUCCUCUUUGAAUUCAGAGUACAAAUGAAAAUCAACCACAGAAUCUGGUUGCAAUCAUGAUAUAUACAGUGGCCCCCAAAAGUACUCAAGAUACUCAAGAACUUAGAUACUCAAGCCACACUUAAAAUAUAUGAAAUCUGUACCAUUGCAUUAAAAGUUUGAAAGCCAGAAAUUGUCGAAAUAGUUUUAAGUCAUUUUUUACAAUAAUUCUUUGGUUUUAUCAUUUGAAACCUCACAAAAUGUUGGUGUAAAUAGCACCUGCCACCGUACGGCUAUUUGUACUCCAGUAGUCUUGUGGAAACACAAAAAUUGAAGAUAUACUGUACCCCCCUGUGUCACUGCAGUCGCAUGGGGUGUAACUGUGCUUUUUUUGUGCGGACGACCAGAGUUCGAUUCCGCCUUUUGUCCCACUUUUUCCCAUCCAGUUUCCACUCCUAAUAUUUCCUUUAAUACUACUUAUGAUAAAUACAUAAAAUGAAUAUAAAGGUUGAUUUUCUUGCAGUGAUCUGAUCACGGUGAAGGUCAGGGAGUUUAAUUAACCAUGGUUUUACUAUAGUAAUUAUAGUAACUAUAGUAAACUUUUUUUUUCAUGAAAGCCAUAGUUUUAAUGCAGUGUUUAAUGCAUUGUGUUACUACAGUAAUAUGGUAUUAAUAUAGUAACCAUGUUUGUUUUUUUGUUUUUUUUGUUUUUUGUAGUUACUAUGAUUUUACUACAAAAUACCAUGGUGCUACUAUGGCAACUGUAGUAAAACCAUGGUUAUUUUUUGUAAAGGAAGGUUAGAGUUUUGUUUAGUGAGAGGGGUUGUGUAGGGUGUCUGUGGGACUCUAAGUGCAAAGAAGAUGCUUUUAAUUGCUUUUUACACUUAUUGCAAAUAGCCUUUGCCUUUUUAAAUGUUCUUUUUUGCUUAAAAAGUGUGUGUGCUAUCUUUAUUUAAAAUAAAUGCCUCUUGAUUUGAUAUUUUGUUUUAAAAUAAAAAUACAUUUAUAUAUUUUUUAAGUGUCGCCAAAGUAUCCAGAUACCUUUUAAGGCCACUGUACUUACUGCACAUCAAAUAGUGAUUUUACAUAGGAGUCUCAUCUUCAAAUCAUUGUGAUUUUGAACAGCAUCCUGUAUGUCACCUUAAAGUCGUAACACCCUAAUGUCUUACAGAGUAUAUAGAAAUAAUUUAGCUGAAACAUAUGCAUGGGAAUAAUGCUGAGUGUAGCUGAAUGAAUGAAAUGAUUAUUGUAUAAAUAAAGUGUGGCAUGUGAUAUUUUUCUAUAGGGUCAGAGUUUUACUAUAUGUAUUGUUGGCCUUCAGGAAGGAACAGUGUGGAAGGAAUAUUCCGGGUUCAAUACAUUUCAAGCUCCAUCAAUAACACCUCAGUAAAAACAAGUAAAAAAUGUGUCUACAGUAAUGCACUUACAAUGGAAAUCUAUAAGGCAAAGUAACAAGAUAAAUGUUAAAAUACAUUGUUUUGAAAGUAUAGCCACAAGACUUCAACAUUAUCAGUACGUGUUCACAUGAGACUAGUGUGAUAAAAUUUCUUACUAACAUCUGUGCAAAGUUACAUUCAAUUUUACAACUCCUACUGUAUAUGAGCAUUUAAAGAAGGUAAACACAGUAGCAUUUGCAUGUGCAAGUACAUUGCCUAGAACAAUAGUCCCACCAAAAAAAUAAACAAAUAAGACAAACUUUACAGCUCAAAUAACGCACAUUUUUGAACAGCAGAAUUCAAAUAAAAAAAUAAACAUAAAUACAGUCUUCUGCACAUUUCUGUUUAACCCUUCUGAAUGCCUUGCCCCAUAGACUUACAUUGUAUUACACGGAUUUGUUUGUUUUUAAAAACUGAGUGUCAAGUAAAAAAAAAUUAUCUGCGUUAAAGGUGCUGUAAGUGAUUUUUGUUUUUUUUCAUGGAAAGAUAUUAAUAUAAUAAGUGUCCUGAGAUAUCUCACUCUUCUAUGUGACAGAUUUGUAAAUGGGAAACAAUAAUGUUUCUGCGGUCCAUGGUCUCUGAGGCGUUCUGCCUGUCAGUUUUUUUGUGCAUUGUUAUAGUGUUGUAGUUGCAGCGAAUUAUUGAGGCUUAAUGCCAUUUUUAUACCAUGUUGCGCAUAAAAGUUGUCAGCUGAGGGCGCUAUUUUGGUGCUGUUAUUUUUUACAACUGCUGCUGCUUGAUGUCAGGGGUUUUGGAAAGAGGAGGCAUGGAGAACAGCUAAAAUCGCUUACAGCACCUUUAAGCGAAAAUAUAGAAGUUAACUUUAAUUGAACCUGAAACAUUCCUUUAUUGUCAUAAUAUAUUUGUCAUAAAAUCAUUAGUGUUUCUUCUUUCUUUUUUCUUUCUUCUUCCUUUUUCUUUUCUUCUCUCCUUUUUUCAUUUUUUCUUUUCAUUUGUAUUCUUUCUUCCUCCUUUUUUCUUUUGUUCCUUUCUCCUGUUUUCCUUCUUGUUUCCAUCAUUACUUUUCCCUUCUUCCUUCCUCUCUUCAUCCCUUCUUACUCCAACUUUUUUCUUUUUCUUUCUUUCCAUCCUUUCUUCCUUUCAUCCAUCCUUCUUUUUUCCUUCCACCUUUUUUCUUUUUCUUUCUAUUUCUUUUUACCUUCUUUCCUCCCUCCCUUCCUUCUUUUUUCUUUCUUUUUCUGUUUUCUUUUCUUCCUUUCUUCCUUCCUUGUUAUUUGUAUUCUUUCUUUCCUUCCUCCUUUUUUCUUUUGUUCUUUUCUUCUAUUUUCAUCCUUCCUUGUUUCCAUGCUUAAGUCCUUUUUCCCUUCUUCCUUCCUCCCUUUUUUCUUUUUCUUUUCAUCCUUUCUUCCUUUCAUCAUCCUUUUUUCCUACUUUUAUCUUUCUUUCUUUCUUUCUUCCAUCAUCCAUCUUUUUCCUUCCUUUUUUCUUUCUUUUGUUAUUUUUUUCUUAAUUUCUUCUUUUUCCUGCAUCUUUUUCUUUCUUCCUAGCUUAAUUUUUCUUUUUUAUUGUUUUAUUAUUCUUUCCUUCUUCCCUUCCUUCCUUCCUUCCUACUUUUUUAUUUUUGUUCUUUCCUUUUUCUGUUUUCAUUUCUUUCUUCGUUUUUUCUUUUUUGUCUUUUUUUCCUUUUUUCUUUCCAUGAAACUGUAUUCUGCUUAACAUAAAACCGUGAAAUCUUUUCAAGCACCUUUAAUGAACGUGUGUAAUAUUUUUCCAUGCACAAGCACAGACUCUUCCAAAGAAAUGAGCUAGCAUGAAUACUCACCUUCAUGCUAAUUUUGGUCUGAUUACAGAUGUGUUUUGGUAUGUCAAGUGAUCAGUGGUCCAUUAAUCAUAGCCCAUGAACAUUUACAUUUACAGUCGAAAAUGUAACCUCAGCAUUUAGCAUUAGCAUCACUGUUUUAGUAUUCUCAACUGUGACAUUUCCUCACAAAGGCAUUUGUGCAUAUUUGGUUGAUAUUAUAAAUACUUUUCACUGUAUGGAAAGUCAAAUAUAAACUUUUCACUCUACAGCUAACCCUGGGUUAACAUCAUAAUUUAACUCUGCGUGAUGGCCACUUCUAACCCUGGCGUAUUUUACACUUGUGAUUUUGAAAAGGUUAUAAAGCCCUGCAGUGCUAGUAUACUACAAGUUGUUUCGUGAUGAAACGCAGUAAUAUUCUUUCAAGUAUUUCCAUGGAAGGACAAGCAGUUAUUAAAACAGUUUGCAUAGUUGAAGCAUGUUUUCUUGUCCAAUUAAUGUUCUAAGCCUUGUAAAUACGCAAAUAAGUACAUUUACCCAGCGUUUACAAAUGUACAGUGUGAAAUCUAAAAACUUGACUACCCAGGAUUAAUUACUAUAUAAUCAUCCAGGGUAAGGUAGACACCCAGGAUUACAUUAACCUAGGGUUAAAAAUAUGGGUUAAAAUUUUCAAGUGUGAAACAGUAAACAUAAGUGGUUUAUUGUAGUUUACUUAUUCACAUAACCAUGAGGAUGCAUACUCGUAUUUCUUUAUCAUUAAAAAACUUUAUUUGCUCGUGAAUUAGAGUGUGAUGGAGGAAUUUUGGAAAACUAAGGGCUGCUAAAUAUAAAUGAGUAUUGCUGUACUUAGAAUAUAUGAAAAGUGUGUUAUUGUGUAUAUGCAGUGUGAGUGUGAUGAAAUGUCUAAUGAAGUCUAAAUGAAGAACACAGAUAUGAUGCAAUCCUCUUUUGAACUGAAAAAUUAUAUGUUGAGCACUUUGUCCAAGUGUUUUUGACUGCUUUAUGACAUUUUAAGGGUAAAACAAAACUUGGGUGUUGUGUU